AUUUGAAUUUGCGCUGCAAACUGCAACGCAACUACUGACCAGUACAUUCUAUUGACUGCGCGUGAAGUUUAAAUAACCGCCAUCGGGAAUAAUAGUUUUAACAAAAUCCUACCUUAGGAGCUUAUAUUAGUACUUUAGUGAAACAUGGGUGUAUUUCACAGCAAAGUAGCCCCAACGGAAACUUCAUCGCAUCAGUGGAACUUGUCCGAUCCUCGAUCUUUAACAGUGAAUAUUAACCGCAGUCCCAUUGGAGCAACAAAUGAGAUUAUCCAAGACAAAUCUUCUAUUACAAAAGUACGCGAUUUGACAUCGGACUUAACGGAAAUUCUAGAUAAUGUUCAGACACCUACUGCCGAGAAGCUGCAAUCUGUGGUAGAUCCACGCUCUCCUAGCUUUUUUCUCCGAACACCACUUAUUUUAAAUGAAACAGAUGCAUCAAACAUAAGCCUGCAAGGAUCUUCCAUUGAGUAUGAAGAAAUCAGUUGUCAAGAUGAACUUUCCAUCAGUGACAAAUCAUUGUCUUUCAAAGAAUGUGAAGAAUCGUUGACAAAAAUUAUUGUUAGCCCCACGCCAACUUCUACCGAAGAAGCCGGUAGUAUAUUCAGCGAUACCAGUUUGAACACCGAGUUGAAGGCUGAAAUUGACGGUAUUAUUCAGGGGUUAUAUGAUGCAGGUAAAGAUCCUCGUUCCCCUUCAAUCCAAAUUCAGCGGACACCCAUUGUGUUUGAAGAAGAUAGUAAACCAGAGGAAAGCAAAAUUGAAGAUAAAUCUCCAGACAAACAGAGCGAAAUAAAACAGGAGGUUCAAACAACAGCAAUGCUAACGAUCAUUCCUCAGAGUGAGAAUCCGUCAAUGGCAACUCCUAAGAAAGAUAAGGUACCUCAAAGCACGACAGGCAGCGUCACUCAGCAGCAGCGUACACCUCUUGGCUGCGUAACGAACGUAAAAACACCGGUAGCGGCCAACGGGAGCAGUGCAUUACGGAAAACAGCUCUUCUAGGCCACAUGAAACAAAACAUUUUGGCUACAGGAGAUAGCGCGGGUGCAGUUGUCGGUAAUCGACGAUCGUUGUCACGAUCCAAAAUUCCAACGCUCAGAAUGAAGUGAAAAAACAUGUCGAACUGAAUCUUUAUUUCUAAUCUGUUUUCUGUAUUAUUCAAUUCUCAGCUACUCAUAUGCUUUUAGUAGUGUAAUUUUUAUGCUACCUGUAAUAGAUUUUAACCAAUACAACAAAGAUGUAGUUUUGAUUAGUUAUAUUUCGUAUAGGAUUCAUAAUACAGUCGCCACACAAGACUUCAACUUCCACCAACAAGAAGUUUUUCGAAAACUAGUUUGAGUGUAACCCACUGAUUGAUGGUUGCUAAACAUUAUAGGAUUUAUUAGUACUGUUUUUUUUUACAAAUGGUUCUCUGCUGUAUAUAUAAUCACCCAAUCACAAAAAUAGUUUCUUAUACCUGAUGACCUUGGAAUUCGAGUUACGUUUCUCUAAGUUAGAAUUCAAGACAAACUCAGUUUUUUUUUCAGCAUAAUUAACACAAUGAAACUAUGCAUCGAGUUCUUGGACAUGAUUUCCCGAUUUAGUAAGAUGAUGUUGCGUUAAGCAUUCGUUUUUAUUGCAAUAAA